AUGAGCAAAACGAUAACCGUCAUCCCUGGCGAUGGCAUUGGUCCCGAGAUCACCCGAGCCACCCUGAAAGUACUUGAUAAAAUGGACUGCGGACUGGUCUACGAGUUCCAUGAGGCGGGAUUGGCAGCCCAGGAGAAACAGGGUGAACUGCUGCCUGAAGCCACGAUGAAGUCGAUUGAACAGACUGACGCAACGCUGAAAGGGCCGCUGACCACACCGAUCGGUGGCGGGUUUCGCUCACUUAACGUCACGUUGCGCAAAACAUUUGAUUUGUACGGCAACCUUCGUCCCGCGGUGUCCUUCCCGGGCACUACUUCACGUUAUGACGACAUUGACAUUAUUACCGUGCGCGAAAAUACGGAAGGGGCCUACCUCGCGGAAGAUGCCAACCUGAGCGAAGACGGCGAGCGGGCGGAGUCAAAGAUGGUGAUCACCCGGAAAGGAUCGAGGCGAGUCGCUCGCUUUGCGUUUGAGACAGCCAAAAAGGCCAACCGAAAGAAAGUCACCGCCGUGCAUAAAGCCAACAUCUUGAAGCUGACCUCAGGUUUGUUUCUGGAGGAAUGCGGCAAUGUAGCGAAGGAAUAUCCUGAUAUUGAAUUUGAUGACUUGAUCGUUGACAACACCUGCAUGCAGUUGGUGAUGAACCCACAUCGGUUUGACGUCAUCGUCACCACUAACCUGUUUGGCGACAUUCUGUCCGACUUGUGCGCGGGGUUGAUCGGUGGCCUGGGUAUGGCGCCGGGCGCGAACAUCGGUGAUAACGCGGCAAUUUUCGAAGCGGUGCAUGGGUCAGCCCCGGAUAUUGCCGGUCGUGGGAUAGCCAACCCUUGUGCCCUGAUGCUAGGAGCUGCCCAAAUGCUCGGUUACUUAGGUAUGGAGGACCAGGCGGCCCGUUUACGAGCUGCGAUUCGCAGUACAAUUGUGGACGAUCAUGAACACGUUACGCCCGAUCUUGGCGGCAGCAGUACAACACAGGAAUUCGCAGUGGCGAUUGCAACGCGGCUUUAG